UUUCUUCGGUAUUUAAACCGAUGCUCGUUCGUCAACCAACACAGUAGUCUUUCAAAAAUGGGUCGAAGUGUAUUGAUUCAUCUGUUGGUAUUAGGUUUGUUCAGUUUUUGCUGGACCACCAACGCCAACAGCGCGGAAAACAAUACAGGAUUUGGUUACGAACUUCUCCUUGCAAAGCUGGACUACCUGGAGUACAAAUUAUUAGAACUGCAAGUGGAAACCAAAGAACAAGGUGAAUCGAUUCUUGUAAACCAGAACAUAACCAGACGAGAGUUGAUGGGACAGGUCAGCGAAAUAUUGGAACAACAGAGAAUAUUUGCCAAUCAUGAGAAGAUACUGAAUGCCAUAUUUGAGCUGAAUCCCAGAAAACAUCCAGCCGAUAAUAGUAAACUACUGACAGCUAUAUUGAAUGAACCAAUUUCUGAUGUUCCCUCUACCGUGAAGUCUUGUGUUGAGAUGAAGACGAACAAAUCGGGCCGUUACUGGUUGACACAAACGGACUUACCUAAACUUGAAGUGUACUGUGAACAAACAUUACAUGGCGGAGGUUGGAUUGUGAUUCAGAAUCGGUUCAACGGAUCGGUUGAUUUCUUCAGAAAUUGGACCGACUAUAGGAAUGGUUUUGGCAGUUUAGACGGAGAAUUUUGGUUGGGAUUGGAAAAGAUACGCCAGCUUACGUCUACCAGAAUGCACGAGCUUUUGAUCCAUUUGGAAGAUCAUGCUGGAGUCUCGAAGCACGCCAAAUACGAAAAAUUUGCCAUCGGAGAUGAGAGCGACCAGUACGCACUGAAAACACUGGAAUCAUGCAGCGGUACUUUGGGCGACUCUUUGAUCGGUCAUAAGGGUAUGAAAUUUACAACCUUUGAUAGAGACAAUGAUGAGCAUUUUGGAAAUUGUGCUUCAUUAUUUCAUGGUGGAUGGUGGUACAAAGCAUGUCAUACGAGCAAUUUGAACGGACCGUAUAAAAAGGGAGAUGACCCUGAUACAAUGACCUGGUCGACAUUCCUUAACAAAUAUUACGGAUUGAAAGUAUCUAAAAUGAUGAUCAGAGCAAUUUAA